GGGCAGGUGAUGGGCAGGCAGAACGCAAGUUCUUCUGAGGGCUUCAUCCUGGUGGGCUUCUCUGACCGCCCCCGCCUGGAGCUGGGCCUCUUUGUGGUGGUACUCGCCUUCUAUCUGCUCACGCUUCUGGGCAACAUGGCCAUCAUCCUGCUGUCCGCCCUGGACGCCCGGCUGCACACGCCCAUGUACUUCUUCUUGGCCAACCUCUCCUUCCUGGACGUGUGCUUCACCACGGGCUCCAUCCCCCAGAUGCUCUACAACCUGGGGGGCCCCGACAAGACCAUCAGCUACGUGGGCUGUGCCGUCCAGCUCUACUUCGUCCUGGCCCUGGGAGGCGUGGAGUGCGUGCUCCUGGCCGUCAUGGCCUAUGACCGCUACGUUGCAGUCUGCAAGCCUCUGCACUACGCGGUCAUCAUGCACCCGCGCCUCUGUGGGCAGCUGGCCUCUGCAGCCUGGCUGAGCGGCUUCAGCAACUCUCUCAUCAUGGCCCCCCAGACGUUGCUGCUGCCCCGCUGUGGGCACAGGAGGGUGGACCACUUUCUCUGUGAGAUGCCGGCUCUCAUCGGCAUGGCCUGUGUAGACACCACGACCCUCGAGGCGCUGGCCUUCGCCUUGGCCAUCUUCAUCAUCCUGACACCCCUGCUGCUCAUCCUCACCUCCUAUGGCUACAUCGCCAGAGCCGUGCUUCGCAUCAGGUCAGUGGUGGGGCGCAGGAAGGCUCUCAACACCUGCAGCUCACACCUGGCUGUCGUCUGGCUCUUCUAUGGCACCAUCAUUUACAUGUACCUCCAGCCAGCAAACGCCUAUUCCCAGGACCAGGGCAAGUUCCUCACUCUUUUCUAUACAAUCGUCACGCCCAGUGUGAACCCCCUGAUCUACACCCUGAGAAACAAAGACGUGAAAGAGGCGGUGAAGAAGGUGCUGGGGAAGGGGCCAGCACAAGGGCAGUAGCAAUGGUGGGAGGUGGGAAUCGCCUUGGGCUCGUCCGUGGGUGUUGUUGGACCUCGCCAGCGAAUGGGUGUCUGGCAGUGUAGACCCGGGAGGCCCUUGACGUGACUGGAAAUGGCAUGGUGAGGUUGAGGGAAUGCAGCCCCUCCAGUGGACCAACCUCAGUGCCCCUCAUGUCCCUCUAAGCCAAGUGUUCUUUCCUCGGGCUUGACUCAGGGUGAGACACGUGUGGGAAACACCAGCUGUGAAUGUGGUGGCCAGCCAGAUUGGCACAGUGACUUAUACCCAGGAGGUCCUCAACAAAGAUGAGACUGCUUCAAAUAGUCCAAAAGAAGCACCUAUGCUUCAUCUAGAAAAUUAAAUGUGCCCUACAGUGCCUUUGUAGUGCCAAACGCCUGAACGAGAGUCCA